CUGUUCCAUCACUCACCAUGCGUUCGAUAUCCUCCGCAGCAGCAUUGCUUGCCGCUGUUCCUUUUGGAAGUGCUCAAUGGGGCUACCAAGGACAAAAUCAAGCGCCUCACUAUGGCCCUCCACACUACGGACCUGGUAGACCAGGCCAGAAUGGAGGACAAUGCUCGGAAUUAUCUGCGGAUCAAGUCAGCGCUGGAGGAAACAACUCACUUUUCAACAGAUGGAGACCACGAAGUCACUUCAUCGCCCCAGCAGGCUGGAUGAACGAUCCAUGCGGAGCCAUGUAUGAUCCGAUAAGGGAUGAAUAUCAUCUUUCGUACCAAUGGCACCCAAAUCACUUCAAUUGGGGCAACAUUUCUUGGGGUACAGCUGUGAGCAAGAACCUCAUAACAUGGACCGAUCGAGGUGGGUGGCAGAACGAUGAAGCUAGAACUCUCGGCCCAAGCGGCAAUGGCAGCUUUCCACAGGCCUACGAUGGUCUUGGAAUUUUCUCUGGCACUGCUCAGCCAGUCAAUCUCAAGGGCGAACAGGAUGGCACGCUUCUCGCUUUCUACACAUCAGUGAGCUACUUGCCAACCAACUGGAAGAUCCACUACGAGCCACACACUGAGAGCCAAUCUCUUGCCAUCAGCCACGAUGGUGGCAAGACCUGGCAACAAUACGAGAACAAUCCCAUCAUCAGCACCACGACCGGGACAUCGCCGAUGUACUGGAACGUGACUGGAUUCCGUGACCCCUUCUUCGAGCCAAUUCCAGCGCUCGAUGUCGUACUAGGUGCGUCUGAGCCACACUACUACGCUGUCUUCGGAUCUGGUAUCAAGGGUGUCGGCCCAAGAAUGCCACUCUGGAGUGCUCCUGCAAAGGAUCUCACUAGCUGGACCUUCCUUGGCGCCCUAUGGGAGCCAGUAAAGAACACCUCCGUUGGCCCUGUGCUCUCUACUGGUACAUAUGGCUUUAACUUUGAGGUAUCAGGUUUCUUCUCACUCAAGGACAGCAAGGGCAAGGACCACUGGUACGUCAACAUGGGUUCUGAAGGUGGUAAUGUCUCCUUCCACCAAUCUGCUCAAUGGGCUCUUUGGAACGAAGGCAAGAUCAGCCGUCGCCAGAAUGGAAGUGCCGAGUUCACACCUAUCUCAGGUGGCGCUGUAGACUGGGGUGUUGGCUACGCUCUCUCCAGCUUCAACGACACCAAGCAUAACCGGCGUGUUCAGUACGCAUGGCUGAAGGAAGAUUACGUCGCAAAUGACGGACUCUUCAGCGUUCCACAACAAGGUUUCCAAGGCGCCCUUUCCCUCCCAAGAGAACUUUUCGUCCACGAAGUCGAGAACGUCCAAGUCACCAGCGAACUCACCUCAGCCAAGAACAGCAUUGCCGAAGACUGCGUCGCACGCACACUCGGUGUUCGACCUCUUCCCGACGUAGUCGAAGGACUCCGUCAAGGCGCUCAUCGCAAGAGCUAUGCUGGAGCAACAUACACAAAAUCCACCAUCCUCCAAAAACAAGCCUCCUCGCACAUGGAGCUGAGCACAGAAAUCACAAACUCCACCGGCGCCGUCGGCAUCACAAUCGCCGCAUCCCCCGACGGCGAGGAAUACACCAACAUCAUCUACGAACCCUCCAACCACACCAUCCUCGUCGAGCGUCUCCACAGCAGCAAAAUUUUGGGCUUCAAUAACGCUACCAUCACCGGGUACUUCUACCCUUACACCGUCAACGGCACGCAGGAAGCCAUUCACAUGAAUGUCUUCAUCGAUGGAUCCAUCGCGGAGAUCUAUAUCAAUGAGCGUUUCUGCCUGAGCGCGCGAAUCUAUCCGGCUAAGUCUUGCAGUACUGGUUUCGGUGUGUAUAUUGGUGAGGGUGCUCAGGCGACGUUUGGGGAGACGAAGGCUUGGGUUGGGACGAAGAAUGUUUGGCCGCUACGACCGCUUAAUAGCAGUUCGGCUUUGGUUUAUGAUACGCCUGAAGAGACGAAUGAUUAUGUUUGGUGGUCCGGCAACUAGGGCUCUGGAUGGGAAAAGAGGGUUUGAAGUGGAAAAUGCCAUUGAAGUAUUGGCAAGAUUUUUGUACAUAUGCAUGGACAAAAAAUAUCAAGUUGGGACAUGUUCGCAUGCUUCUGGUAUC